AAUUUUGAUUUUCUCUAUGACACAGCUGGAAACCUUGUGAUUCUAGGCAGCUUCCCCAUAAUUCGUCCGUAUUGGAUUUCAUCCAUUUUGUGCGAAGACAUAGUGAAAAGAAAAGAAGAAGCUCACUGGCGACCGUGGAUCUCCCAGGGAUCGGGAAAGGUCGACGCUUGCCUAGACGGAACCUGAUAAAUGGCGACUUUUCAAAAUGACACUCAAAGCGAGAAAGAAGUCUCGAGCAUUCCGUGCUCCUCUCAGGCCUCCAUUGACAUCGUCACGCCCGUAACUUCGAGUCGACAAGGUCGACCUUCUUACAUGCGGAGCAUUAUUCAGAAGCGUCAUUCGGAGCUUCGUUUUGUGCUCGGCGAACACUAUGACGAAGAAGCCCUGAUCGACGACGAGGCACCCGAUUUUGAAGAUCCAGCGGAACCUAUCACGAACGAUCCGCGUUUGGAAGGAGAAUUUGAUCCAGACGACAGUCCUAGACGACGUCGACAAAUGCUUCAUAGAGUUUCGGUACAAGCAGUGACGGAUCCCAAGCAACUGGUGCAGGUCAAAAUAAAGGACCUGUGUUACUUCGUGGCGGUCCAGACGGAUGCGCCUACCAAGCAAACCGUAUUAAAUCAGUCUCUUUGCUACUUUACGUACGAGUUCUUUGCGCGGUUGCGCAAUUUAGCUUGUCGUCCACACGACGAAGUACAACGCAAGUAUGUGGCCCGGCAAGCCUCGGAUCUAUUCCUACCCUACACGAAAAAGCCCAUCUUGCAGAACGUGAACCUAAUUUUUCAACCAGGUAAGACAUAUCUCGUCUUGGGACCGCCACAGUCCGGGAAAACAACCUUGCUCAAGGCCAUUUCUGGACGCCUUCCGCAUACCGUAGAUCUACACGGUGAACCCAUUAAGAGCAAGCCUCAUCGAUCCGGGCGUAUCGAAUACAACGGUAUUGCAAUCGAGGUAGUGUUGCCCAAUGUUGUUUCUUUCGUCGGGCAGCUUGACGUGCACGCACCCUACUUGACCGUCAAGGAGACGUUCGAUUUUGCAUUUCGGUCACGCAAUGGUGAUCCGACGGAAGCUUCACCAUGUAAAGUUCCCUCCCCUGACGGUACCAAGACUGAAAACCUAACAAUUGCUGGUCUCGGGCUAGGCCAUGUACAAGACACCUUUGUAGGGAACUCGGAGGUUCGUGGUGUAUCGGGAGGACAGCGCCGUCGCGUAACGAUUGGCGAAAUGAUGCAAGGAGAUACCCCGGUCGCUUGUGCUGACGAAAUUUCGACCGGUCUUGACGCGGCAGUGACGUACGAUAUUUGCAAGUCCAUCGUUGAUUUUAGCAAGGCGGCCAAAACUACUCGUGUUGUAUCGCUCUUACAACCGGGACCGGAAACAUUUGCCUUGUUUGAUGAGGUAAUUGUUCUUUCAGAAGGCAAUUGCGUUUACGCAGGCCCGAUCAGUGAUGUCAUUGGGUAUUUUGAUUCGCUGGGUUAUGCUCUCCCCGCGACAGUGGACGCAGCUGACUUUUUGCAGUCCGUGACAACACCGGAUGGAGCGCUCUUGUUCGACCCCGACCGAUCGUCCUACACUCAACACUUGAGCUCUGAACAGUUUGCUACUGCAUUUGCAUCCAGUGAUCAUGGAAAACGAAUUGAGAGUUUGCUUGAAAAUCCUUCGCCACAUGACUGGCUACUCGCGAAAGGCAAUGACAUAGAAACGACAGGUGGCACUCACCCAAAAGUGUCUGGCGUCCACACCAAUAUUCCUGAGCGCUUUCGGAACAGCUUUCAAAACUCAUGGAUUCGAUCCUUCCAGCUCAACUUCAAUCGCCACCUGUUGUUGUGGUGGCGUGACAAGGGCUUUAUUAUCGGUAAGACAUUCGAGAACAUGGGGAUGGCCGUUGCUACCGGGGGCAUUCUUUUUGGACAAGCAAAUCUCCCCAGAGACCUAAGAAAUGGCUUUAUAUCGGGGGAGGCGGACGCCCAGGCGCUGCAAGAAGUGGUGGACGGAGUUUUCUCUGCUCUCUUUAUGACAUAUGGACGUCCGAUUCACUAUAAGCAUGCAGACGCCAACUUCUAUCAAACGGCAGCUUUUGCCAUUGGCCGCACUAUUUCCACGUUGCCACAACGCGCAAUAGAAAUUGUGGCCUUUGGCAUUCCGGUUUACUGGAUGGUUGGGCUUGAUGCGUCCGCUAAAAGCUUCUUCAUCUAUCUUGCCGUUGUCCUGAGUUACACGUUCACCUUGAAGAUUAUGUACGGUAUCAUUGCUCAGAUUCUUCCGAACAAGCAGAACGUUUUGAGCUUUGGGACUUUUCUGGUUUUAGUUUUCUCGCUGUUCGGUGGUUUUAUUGUAUAUCCGACCGAGAUCCCAUGGUAUUUUACAUGGAUUCGAUACCUUAAUCCCAUGGCUUGGGCGCUACAAGCUGUCUUGAUCAACGAAUUUACAAGUCAAAAGUACCCCGAUGAUAUUAGCCUCAGUGUUCUGAGAUCUCGGGGCUUCGAGACAUCUCGUGACUGGAUAGGAUAUACGUUCGUCUUCCUUUUUGGCUACGUUGUUUUUUGGAAUGCACUUCUCGCACUGGUGCUUCGUGUGGUUCGAAUAGAACCAAAAAAGGCAGGGAGCCCGAUGCCGCUCUCACAAGAAUCGCAACCAAAAAUCCUCGAGGAUUUCAACCUCCCCUUUACUCCAGUUGAUUUAGCUUUCGAGGAUAUGACUUAUGAGGUGAAGCCUUCAACAGGUGACGGUAGCUUGCGUCUAUUGAACAAAGUCAACGGCAUUUUUCGGUCAGGGCGUCUCGUUGCGUUGAUGGGUAGCAGCGGUGCUGGGAAAACCACUUUGAUGGACGUGAUUGCAUUGCGCAAAACCUCUGGCACCCUUUCCGGGGAUGUCCGCAUGAAUGGAUUCCCGCAAGAAAGAACUUCUUUCCUCCGCAGUUCCGGGUAUGUAGAACAGUUUGAUGUGCAGCAAGCUGAACUGACUGUAAGGGAAACAGUCGUAUUUUCGGCCCGACUUCGGCUAAGCCGAAACAAUCCAGUUACUGGGACAGACGCAGGUCGUAUGAAGUUUGUUGACUAUGUUCUGGACGCCAUGGAGCUGACCAACAUUUCGCACCUUCAAGUUGGAAGCUACGAGGAAGGCGGACUUUCAUUCGAACAGCGAAAGCGCCUGGCCAUCGCGGUGGAGUUAGCUGCUUCGCCCUCGGUGAUCUUUCUGGACGAACCGACAUCUGGCUUGGACGCACGGGGCGCUCUCGUAAUUAUGCGUGCAAUGAAGAGAAUUGCCGAUACUGGUCGCACGGUGGUUUCCACAAUUCACCAACCCAGUUCUGCAGUGUUUGAAAUGUUUGAUGAUUUACUGCUUUUGCAGCGGGGUGGGGAGGUUGUAUUUUUCGGCGAACUUGGGAAAGAGAGCUGCGAGCUUGUGGAAUACUUUGAAUCAAACGGUGCAGAUCCGAUCCAAUACGGUGAGAAUCCAGCGGCGUGGAUGCUCCGUGCGUACACCCGCGAGGCGAAUGAUUUCGACUGGAAGGAAGCUUUCGAACAAUCCAGACAAUUCGCUACUCUCAAAGAAUCGCUGGCUGCGUUGAAAGAAUCGCCGGACGAUUCCAAGAAGAUUGUCUACGAACACAUAUUUGCCUCUAGCAAUCAGACCCAGCACACUUUGAUGAUGCGCCGUAUUUUUCGAAUCAUGAUGAGAUCUCCCUCGUACAACUUGGCUCGACUAAUGAUUGCUAUAUUCUACUCGCUACUGAUCGGCACUGUGUUCGUACGCUCGAAAAGCACGAACAAAGUGUUUCGUCAGUAUCAGGUAGACGGGGUUCUUUCCACAAUAUUUCUGGCCCUCAUCAUAAUUGGAGUGGUGUCCAUUAGCAUGUCGGUUCCGGUGAUGAAACAGAUCCGGGACGUCUUUUACAAGCAUCGGGCUUCGGGUAUGUUGUCCCACAACUCUGUGACCUUGGCGGUAACCUUGGGUGAAUUACCGUACAUUAUAACGGUGUCCGCUAUUUUCAGUGCUGUCUACUACAGUUUGGUUGGGCUUUUCGGCACCGCCGACAAGUGGUUGUACUUUUUUCUCUUUUUCGGUCUGAACGUCGCGACAUACACUUACUUUGGACAAGCCUUUAUUUGCUUAGUCAAGGAUAUACCCACGGCGGGUGCCUUGGUGGGGGCUCUCAUCGGCUACAACGUGUUCUUUUCUGGCCUGGUGGUUCGUCCGCAGUACUUUUCCGGUCCGUUCCAGUUGGGGUACUGGACGGCUCCGGGUCGCUUUGCCUUCGAAGGCAUCGUCACGACGCAAUUCAAAGAC